UGUUCACCAUGCGAAGAAAAAAAAAAAAAGAUUAAAUCAUUUCUAAACUUUCAUAUAUUAAAAAAAAAAAUUAUCAUCAUUUAUCACUGGUAACUAGAAAACUACCCGAACCCCCCAAAAAUCUUUAAUUGAACAAAAAAAGAAAAAAAGAAAAAAAAAUUCUACUUGUAAUCCAGCCAAUAUCCAACUCAUCCCUUUCUCAUUGUCGGCAAUUUCUCCCUCCUCUUUAUCUCCCCCUCUUCCCCCCCCCCCUCCCCUUUUCUCCGGCCGAUCAAUUCCCUUCUCCGAUCUCCCUUCCGAUCGGACUCCGACCCAUUUUCCACAUCGGAUCCGGGUCAACCCAGAUGGCAGCAUCACGUCGGCUCCGAGAUCUCCAAUCUCAACCCGGUAACAAAAUCUGCGUCGAUUGUUCCCAAAAGAAUCCCCAAUGGGCUUCAGUUUCUUACGGCGUUUUCAUGUGUUUGGAGUGUUCCGGAAAGCACAGGGGACUCGGUGUGCACAUCUCGUUCGUGCGAUCCGUUACGAUGGAUUCAUGGUCCGAAAUUCAGAUCCGGAAAAUGGAACUAGGCGGGAACGAUAAGUUAAAUCAGUUUCUGCACCAGUACGGUGUGGCAAAAGAGACUGAUAUAAUUGCUAAGUAUAAUACGAAAGCUGCUGGGGUUUAUAGGGAUAGGAUUCAAACCCUAGCUGAAGGUAAACCCUGGAGGGACCCACCUGUUGUUAAGGAGGUGUUGAAGGGGCCUGCGAGUAGUGGUGCUAGACUGCCGUUGAGUAGCAGUGGUGGCGGAGGUGGAGGAAGAAGCAAUGGUGGAUGGGAUAGUUGGGGGGAUAGCAAUGAUGAUGGUGGGUUUAAGGAUUUGAGGAGGAAUCAGACUGUGGGGGAUUUUAGGAGUGGUGGGAGUAGUGAUGGAGUACCAGCUAGGUCGAGAUCGACUGCGGAUAUUAGUAGGGAGCAGUAUGAGGCGUCAGCGGUGAAUAAAGAUAACUUUUUUGCGAGGAAAAUGGCAGAGAAUGAGUCGAGGCCUGAUGGGAUUCCGCCUUCUCAAGGUGGGAAAUAUGUGGGGUUUGGGUCAAGUCCUGCACCAAUGCCUAGGAAUAAUGUGAAUCAGCAAGGGGAUGUUUUUUCUGCUGUUACGCAGGGAUUUGGUAGGUUAUCUAUGAUAGCUGCCACGGCAGCUCAGUCAGCUGCAAAUGUGGUUCAAGUGGGGACAAAGGAGUUGACUACUAAGGUGAAGGAAGGAGGAUAUGAUACCAAGGUUAAUGAAACAGUCAAUGUUGUUACGGCAAAAACAAGUGAGAUUGGACAGAAGAGUUGGGGUAUCAUGAAAGGAGUCUUGGCUAUAGCUUCACAGAAGGUAGAGGAAUAUACCAAGGACAGUCCAACCUGGAAGAGUGAUAGCUGGCAACGAGGUGAAAGUGAAAAGAACGGCUAUUAUCAGGAUUUUAAUAAGGAUUCUAAAGGAUGGAAUGCUUCUGGAGGAGCCCAGUCCUCUGGGAGGAAUGUUAAUUCCGUUAGCUCUGGGUCGUGGGAUGAUUGGGACAACGAAGACAAAAGCAAAGUAGAUCAUCCUACAAAGGCAGCCGCAGCAUCCAGCAAGAACGAUGGCUGGGCUGGAUGGGAUGAUGGUCAGGAUGAUGGAUUUGAUAAUCACUACCAGAGUGCAUCCAAUAAUAAACAUGCUGCUGUUCAUACUGGAAAAUCAGAUUCGAAAUGGACUGGUGGUGGUUUCCUCUGACGGCAAUGCUGUUAUAACUCACCUUAGUAAUUUUUUUGUCCUUCUGGAUCCAAUUUUUUCCAUGUCUUAUUGGAAAGGAGUUGUGUCUGAAUAUAGUUGAUAUAUGUACCAUUUUCCAGCAGGUUGGGUUAAUUGCUCCUCUUGUAAAAGAAGAGCCAAAAGCAAACAUAAAUUAGACUCUUGUUGAGGACCAUUAUUUGGGGCUAAAAAACAUUUAGGUUACAUUUUGUGUUUGUAAAGACCAUUUUUUGUAUUGUCUAUUUUGUUCCGGUUUCUGUACUAUAUAUCGGAGAUUUUUGCUUA